AAUACCUCUGACUUCUGAGGCUCCAGAGACUGGCUGCGUCACCAACAAAAAAAAAAGAGUUCAGGCGAACGAUACAAAAAAAACCCCCUUCGUACAUAUCAAGAGUUGUCAAAAGGCAUCGGUAGUUGUUACUUAUUCGGUAUAACCCAUAAUAAAAAAGCGACACAGCCUACAAAAAGUAAACAAACUAUCUGUCAUUCCCACAGACCAUAGUUUGUCAUCGAAGUAACGCAUUCGUUGGGCUGUCAAGAUGUCCGUAUUCAUUGUUGGCGCGAAGCGCACGGCCUUUGGAACAUUUGGUGGUGCAUUUAAAGACACCACUGCCACUGAAUUGGCAGUGCACGCGGCAAAGGGAGCCGUGGCUGCGUGUGGAGUGGACGUUAAGAAAGUAGAUAACAUCGUGGUCGGCAAUGUCGUUAACUCUAGCAAGGACGGUAUCUACAUGGCCAGACAUGUUGGACUUCACACUGGCCUACCCAUCGAAGCUCCCUCUCUACUGGUCAAUCGUCUAUGCGGUUCUGGAUUUGAAUCCAUUGUCCAGGGUACCCACUCCAUACAGCGAGGCGAGUCUAAAAUCAUGAUUGCAGGAGGCUCAGAAAACAUGUCGCAAGUACCGUACUCGCUCAGGAAUGCGAGAUUUGGUACCCGUUUUGGCCAGGAUCUGGUACUGGAGGAUACCCUAUGGGCCGGACUGAGCGACAGCUACUGUGGCCUACCAAUGGCGUUAACAGCUGAGAAUUUGGCUGAGAAGUACAACAUCUCUCGUAGAGAGUGCGACGAGUGGGCGGUGCGAUCGCAACAAACAUGGAACACCGCCCAAGAGGCCGGUCACUUCAAGGACGAGAUUGUCCCCGUAGAGCUAAAGAGUCGCAAGGGCCUUGUUAGCUUCGAGGUGGAUGAGCACCCCAAGACUACAUCAACUGUCGACAAAUUAAGCGCGAUGAAGCCAGUGUUUAAGAAGGAUGGAGUGGUGACGGCUGCAAAUGCCUCGGGUAUCUGUGAUGGCGCAGCCGCUCUUGUCCUAGCUGGUGAAGAUGCAAUUAAGAGCGAAGGCUUGACACCUCUCGUACGCAUUGUGAGCUCAGCUUCGGUUGGUGUACCGCCAGAGAUUAUGGGUAUCGGACCCGUACCCGCCAUUCAGGCCGCAUUAAAGUCAGCCGGACUUACUAUGAACGAUAUGGACUUGGUGGAGAUCAACGAAGCAUUCGCUUCUCAAUAUCUUGCUUGCCAGAAGGAACUCGGUUACAGUUCGGAUAUCGCGAACACUUGCGGCGGUGCCAUUGCUCUGGGACAUCCCCUUGGAGCCUCGGGCGCACGUAUUAUGGCCCACUUGACACACAAGCUUAUCCGCACUGGUGGCAAAUACGCUGUCGGCGCUGCAUGCAUCGGUGGUGGUCAAGGUAUUGCUGUCAUUAUUGAGCGCGCUUGAACGAGUAACCCCGUGAAAUCUUCGGCCACGUGUGCAAGACGCGCAGGCUGGAUCCUUGACUGAGUACGCUGGCACAUCGGUUCAAGUUAUCAGAUGCUGUGACCAGGAUACUUCGAAACCUGAAGUAUCUGGUAGUGUGUUGAGGAGCAUGAGUGAGCCCGAUGGGAGAUUGAGUCCAUUACGACAAGAAUCCAAAUAAAUAAAGAAUACACGACGGCCUACCAAAACCUGACUUCCACUUUUCUGCGUUUUCACUCGAAUUCGUCGAUACAUUGUUCAGUGA